ACAAAUGCCCUUCAAAGAACCACAGGCAAUCGAGCACAGCCGUCAAGUCCAUUUUUAGCGCCAUCUUGGUCGCUUCGCCGAACCAAACCUCUCGCUUCGCUUAGCCCAAGGACUCGUCCGCCAAACCAAGCCCUUGCUGAUUCGCUCCUUUUCAGUUUCGUAAAAAAUUUGGAAUUGGUCAAAGGGGAAACUAUUCUCUAUAAAUGAGGAGGAGGAGUUAUACCCCAUCACCACCUAGGGGUUAUGGCGGGAGAGGACGGAGUCCCAGCCCCAGGGGUCGCUAUGGCGGUCGUGAUAGGGAUGCUCCUACUAGCCUUCUUGUUCGUAACCUUCGCCACGAUUGUAGGCCAGAGGACCUUCGUAGACCAUUUGGGCAGUUUGGUCAUCUCAAGGACAUUUACUUGCCAAAGGAUUAUUAUACUGGAUGAUGUUAAUGGUAGUGAAGAUUGGAAGGAAGUUGGGUGUGAAUACGUUGUUGAAGAUGUCUCAAGUCUUGUAGAAUUUCAAGUCAUCUUAAAACUGACACUUGCAAGGGAACCCCGUGGUUUUGGUUUUGUGCAAUAUGUAGAUCCUGCUGAUGCUGCUGAUGCUAAAUAUCAUAUGGAUGGUCAGAUUCUUCUUGGUCGUGAGUUGACUGUUGUCUAUGCUGAGGAGAACAGGAAGAAACCAGCUGAUAUGAGGGUAAGGGAGGGAGGAAGUAGGGCUCGAUAUCAUGAUCGAAGACGGUCACCCCCGCGUUAUUCUCGCUCACCUAGAUACUCUCGAUCUCCAUCUCCACGCCGUGUGAGAUCUCGGUCCCGAAGCCAUGGUUAUUCCCCUCCCCCCAAACAAAGAUCUGUUUCACCCCGAGACAGAAGGUCCAGUCGAGAGAGGCCGUAUACGCGCUCUCCGCCCUAUAAUGGCUCAAGGAGCCACAGUCAAAGUCCAGAUAGGGGUGUGAACAGGAGCCAGAGCCAAAGGCGAAGCCCUAACCAUGAAGGAUUCUCAACGCAACCAAAUGGAGAUAGGUCUCCUAGUCAGUGAGCUACUCUGAAAUAGACUACUGUUAUGCUAGUUUUUUGUUGGAUUUUGUUUACUAUUUCCGACUAUUUUAUGUUGGUAGUUGUACCAUUCUCAUGAAUUUGAUCCAGAUUCUGGUUCCGUUCGUAGACAUUUUUUUCUCAAAAAGUUACAUCUGGUGAUACAAAAUAGUCUUUGUUACUAGAUGCUGUGCCAUGUUAAUGUUGAAACUUCAAUAGAAUGGAAGAAAUACAUUGAGAGAACCAUGGAUUUAAUUGCCA